AUGGGGAUCCAGCUGGGCGGUACCAGGGCCGAACGCCAGGUCCGGGGAGGAGGUCCAGCCAAAGAUCACGGCACUAAAACAGCUGAGACUGUUCAGCCGUUAGCCAGCUGCUACUGCUACCACUGCUACUGCUACCACUGCCACUGCUACUGCUACUACUGCUACUGCUACUGCUACUGCCACUGCCACAGCUACUGCUACCACUGCUACUGCUACCACUACUAUUGCUACUGUCACUGCUACUGCUACCACUGCUACUGCUACCACUGCUACUGCUACUGCUACUAUUGCUACUGUCACAGCUACUGCUACCACUGCGACUGCUACCACUGCUACUGCUACCACUGCUACUGCUACUGCUACCACUGCCACUGCUACUGCUACUACCACUGCCACUGCUACCACUGCUACUGCUACCACUGCUACUGCUACUACCACUGCCACUGCUAUUGCUACCACUGCUACUGCUACUGCUACCACUGCUACUGCUACUGCUACCACUGCUACUGCCACUGCUACUGCUACCACUGCUACUGCUACUGCCACUGCUACUGCUACCACUGCUACUGCUACGACUGCUACUGCUACGACUGCUACUGCUACCACUGCUACUGCUACCACUGCUACUGCUACCACUGCUACUGCUACUGCUACCACUGCUACUGCUACCACUGCUACUGCUACCACUGCCACGGAGGAAUCCCGCCUGCAGCUUCAGAUUUGAUUGACAGGUCGAUCCAAUUCACAUCCUGGUUUGAUUCCAAAACAGGAAACAAGCUUUGA